AUGAUCGCAGAGGCAAACUUGGCCCAAGAUCGUUUUAAAGCUAUAGAUGCAAUCUUGGAAAACUAUGAUGUCUGGGGAGGCAGCUCAUCCAUCUCAAUGGCUCAGCUCCGAGACCAAGUGGCACAAGUUUACAGCCCCUCAGCUCCAGACUUCAUAUUCCACUGGUCAGCGUUCGCAAGGGUGGCCAUUGCGCUCGACCACGCCCAACGCCGCAUCGAAUACGGCACAGUGGACGAACUGCCGGAAAAUGCCGAUCCACUGGCCAAUCCUCCUUACGUUCUUAGCAGGAAGGUCAGGCCGACAAAUGACGCCAGCUAUUACCGGCCGCCUCGAGGCUUCAUUGGGAAGCGCCUCCCAGCUGGGUUCAAGACAGCUGAUCUUAACCAAAACCUGGAAGACCUGUCAAUGUUCCCAGCUGGAAAAGCCCAUCACCAGUCUCAACCAAUUCCGCCGUCCCCUCCGCCACCUCCGUUUCAGCCAAAGUUGCCCUCUAUUGGACCCCCCUCUUCGACGGGAAAAAGGAAAAAUCGACGAAGACACCGUCGUCAAACCUCAUCCGUCAAACAUGGAGAAGAGGCUCGAGGAGGCGAAAUCCCUCUCGCUCUACGAGUCUCAGCAACUCGUGAACCUGAAGCUAGCGGGUCAAACAUCAAAUUGUCAACCGCUCAGCCAAGCAGCAACCUGGCUGAUCGAAUUGCCCCGAUUCCGGCGACCAACGUCGCCGAAAAACAACCGACCCGACCCAUUUUCAAAGAGCAGAAAAGGAAAAGACAUGAGUCUCCUCCCUCCACGUCUUCUUCGUCCAAUUCUUCGUCGGAUGGAGACUUCAAUCCUCCGCCAGCACCAGCUGACUCUGAGGCACCAGCCUUCUCUGGGUCCGAGGGGGAAGACGAUGAUGAGAUACCAUUUCUGGCUCACAACGAACAUCUCUCCCCUGAGGCUUUUACCCCCCUUUCUUCGAAAAUUCAAAAAAUCGCUAUCAGAUACAAAUCAAAUAUUAAAAAGUACAUCUCUCUGUUCAAUUCCUGCGGUAACCGGCCGGCCAAUUGGCACAACAAACUCACCAAAGACCUACUGGAAUAUAAUUUCGUUGACCUACGAAAAUUAUACGGAGAAGUCUCGUCCAACGGGCCGUCGGAAUCAUUUCUCAAAGUCAAUGACGUCGGGAAGCUCAAAAGCAUCAAUGGUGCUCCUCCCAAAGAGAUCACGAACAGUGACCACUGGAAGGAUCUCAUGGCCGUGGCACGCCAUGCUUACAUCGCGGCAUUCCCCCCCGCUGCAGUAUCUAUCAAAAAGUACUUUGACUACAUCUUUGGUCUCCCUGGCCUUUUUCAAGCAAAGGUCAAUUGGGAAGACGUCCGUGACUUCGACGUCGAAAUGCGCAAGGAGUUCUCCUCUCGGCCAUGGCUGGUAUGGGGUGACUAUACCCAUGAAAGCCUCAGGGGCAUCGACAAUCGGGUGCUCUACAGCGCAGCCAGCAGACUUUCACAAACCGCCCGAGCAGCUAUACCAACACCUCUACCACCACGGGCCGAAACUCAAUCAACUCCUUAUACGACCAAAGCACCUCGCCCAGCUCAACCAAAAAAGCCCAGAGGUCGCCGCAACAAACCCAACUACACCGUCAAACCAGCCAAGGGCACGAUGAGUGCGACAGAAUACACAAUCUGUGCAACAAAGUUGGAUGCGAUGGCACUCAUCAAGGAGGCGUUGCUCACAAAUGAGCCUAACAGUUGUCGAUUUCUUCGAGGACUAGAAAUCGACGCGUUAUCUGAGGGCUACUCAGCCUCAGUCGAAUCCUCUCUCCACGCGGAGCCUCUUCCCGCAGCUCCUCCCAUAGAAUCCGAUCCGUUAGCCGCUUACGCUAUCAAACAAAGACCCGACAUUUUCAAAAUCACCUGUCCAAUAAACAUCAAAAAUUUCUCCCUUCUACUCAAAAAUCACCCCAACAGACCUUUCGUCGACUCAAUUGUGCUCGGGUUGUCGGAGGGUUUCUGGCCUCUCUCAGCCAAACCGUCAGAUGACAUUACCUAUCACGAAAACCAUGUGUCUGGGCCUGAAGCGGAAAAAACCCUGCAACAGGCCAGGGACAAAGAGCUCAAAGCAGGAAGAUAUUCCCCCCCAUUCUACACUCUCUUGCCGGGCAUGAAGGUUUCGCCUCUCUGCCUGGCAACCAACCCAAACUCGGGCAAAGUACGGACAUGUACAAAUAUGUCAUUUGGCCGACCAUCUCCCAACGACCUGAUUAACAAAGAGAAAAUCAAAAUAGACCUAGACUCUAUCGCUUCCUUCAUUCCCCAUUUACUCAUUCACCACCGUUCAAAUCAUCGAGUGCUAAUAUGGAAGUCUGAUGUGGACGGCGCUUUCAGAGUCCUGCCGGCAUCUCUACAAUGGCAACUACGACAAAUCGUCAAAAUAGGUAAGGCUUUCCACGCAGAUAGAAAUGUGAACUUUGGAUGCUCAAGUUCUCCAAAACUUUGGUGCUCGUUCUUUUCUCUGGUCUUGUGGAUUGCUUACUACGAAUUCGGCAUUACGGAACUGAACUCGUACAUGGACAACUCGUGGGGCUCAGACCUGACUUCCUCCCUCGUCAACUUCAAAGGUAGGAGUAUUCCUCGAAAUCAAGCAAAAUUCCUCACCAUCUUCGACUAUAUCGGUCUACCGUGGGCUUGGGAGAAACAGCUCCACGGUACGGUGCUAGAAGUAAUCGGCCACACCAUCGAUUGCGACAAGCUUUCAAUCACACUGUCUGAAAAGAAACGGUCAGAACUUAUCUCCGCCCUACGACUAUUCACCUCAAAGAUCUCCCAUCCCCUGGUGGAAUGGCAGCGCCUAACAGGCUGGGCCAACUGGGCGCUGAACAUCUUCCCUCUGGGAAGAUGGUCGAUUCAGUCCUCUUGGGACAAGAUGUCGGGUAAAUCAAUUCGCAGCGCUCACAUCCCACUUAACCGAACCAACAAAGAUGAUCUCAACUGGCUGGCCAAUGCACUGGAAGCCUGGGAAGGAAGUCGGCCUUGGCAUAUGGCGCCCGGCCACAGCCAUGGGAUGGUGUUACUCCCUGCCGCCCCCAGCCCGUAA